AUUUGCAAUGCAUAUUUCUCAGGGUGUGCCCCGGGUGCUCUCACAGGCUGUGUUCUAAACUCCAUUGCAGUUUAUCUUUUGGAUCCGACGCAGGGAUAAGCUAUUCAAUGGUUAAGACCAUGGCGGAUGUAUUGUAGGAAGUUGUAGCAUUGAGCUGUCAUAGGACUAACAGUCAAAGGACAAAAUGAAUAAGAAAAGACAAUUUCUGGAGCAUCCAGAGGUCAAAGACUACUUGGUGAAAGGAGAGAGAUUCACCAAGUGGUCUGAGGACUCGACAAAGACCUUUCCUGUCACCAUGAAGAUGGAUCCGAAAGGUUUUUAUGUCUACUGGAUCAACCAAAGCAAGGAGACAACGUUCCUGGAUGUUGCUACUGUCCGAGAUACCAGAACAGGAAAAUAUGCAAAACUUCCCAAACACAGCAAGGUUCGCAAUGUGUUCAACAUGGACUUCCCCGACAGCAACCACCUCGCCAAAACUCUGACCCUCGUCUCUGGUCCUGACACGGUGAAUCUGACCUAUCAUAACUUCUUUGCCUCUAAGGAGAAGGUGAUACAGAACUGGGCAAAUGACAUACUUGCGAUCGCCUACAACGCUGCGAGAAACAAUGCCUGCAGACAAGUCUUCCUGGAGAAAAUAUACGUCCGCAUUUCUCUUCACACCAACAAGGACGGCAAGAUCCCAGUGAAAAAUAUAUACAAGAUGUUCCCUGCAGAUAAGAAGAGGGUGGAAAGUGCCUUAGCAGCAGCACACCUCCCAAAGGGAAAGUAUGACAGCAUGAAGCCUGACGUCUUUACUGAGACUGCCUUCAGGGCCUUUCUGUCAAACCUCUGCCCUCGGCCUGAGAUCUAUGAGAUCUUCACUUGUUACUCCAACAAACCCACCAUGACGAAGGACAACUUCACCAAGUUCCUCAACGAGAAGCAGAGGGACUCCCGGCUCAACGAGGAACUGUAUCCACGUCUGCGGCCGGACCAGAUCAAGGCUCUGAUGGAUAAAUACGAACCUGUCACCUCUAAUUCAAACAGAUGUCUGAUUUCCCCCGAGGGUCUCUUAUUCUUCCUGAUGGGGCCGGAGACAACUGUUGUCAUGCAGGACAAGCUGGCCAAGAAUCAGGACAUGGCCCAACCCAUACCGCACUACUUCGUCAAGUCCUCCCACAACACGUACCUCACAGCCGGUCAGUUCUCCGGUGUUUCCUCCCCAGAGAUGUACCGUCAGUGUCUGCUGUCCGGCUGCCGCUGUCUGGAGCUGGACUGCUGGAAGGGAAAACCUCCAGAUGAAGAGCCCAUCAUUACUCACGGUUUCACCAUGACAACUGAGAUCCUCUUCAAGGAUGUGAUUGAGGCCAUCGCUGAAAGUGCCUUCAAGACCUCCCCGUAUCCCAUAAUCCUCUCAUUCGAAAACCACGUCGACUCGGUGAAACAGCAGGAGAAGAUGGCAAACUACUGCAAAACCAUAUUUGGUGAUGCCCUGCUAACAGAUCCGCUGGAAAAAUACCCUCUGAAGCCAGGCCAACAGAUCCCCAGCCCAUCUGAGCUCAUGGGUAAAAUCCUCAUCAAGAACAAGAAGGGAAGUCAUGAAAAGCCGACACAGGCUAAGAAACCAGGCACAGCAGCCACUGACCAAACCACAACCGCAGCUGCACCCACCCAGGAGCCAAACACCACUUGCCAGGAUCCCACCAACGCAGCACCCACCACCCAGGAGAACCAAGAGGGGGACGCAGCUGUGGAGGACGCAGAGGAGCAAGAGGAGACAGAAGAACAGGAUGAGGAGAAAAUGAAGACAUCAGAUGAGGGCACAGCUGGACAGGAAGUCACUGCAUAUGAGGCGAUGUCAUCCAUCGUCAACUACAUCCAGCCCAACAAAUUCAUCUCCUUCGACAAUGCAAGAAAGAAAAACAAGAGUAACGUCAUCUCAUCUUUUGUGGAGACCAGAGGGGAGGCGAUGAUUUCCAAGACUGCUGUCGAAUUUGUCGAAUACAAUAAGAGGCAGAUGAGCAGGAUUUACCCCAAAGGAACGAGAAUGGACUCAUCCAAUUACAGCCCGCAGCCUUUUUGGAAUGUAGGCUGCCAGAUGGUGGCGCUCAACUACCAGACGAUGGAUUUCCCCAUGCAGCUGAACAUGGCUCUGUUUGAAUUCAAUGGCAGAACGGGCUACCUGCUCAAGCACGAUGUUCUGCGUCGCAGUGACAAGAAGUUUGACCCUUUCUGUGACAGAAUUGACACGGUUGUGGCGAGCACAUUGACCAUAAAGAUCUACUCGGGCCAGUUUCUGUCUGACAAGAGCGUGAAAACGGGAGUGGAGGUAGAGGUGAUCGGGCUGCCCGGAGACCCCAAGAAGAAAUAUCGCACCAAGUGGACCACCACACCCAACGCCAUCAAUCCAGUGUGGAAUGAGGAGCCUUUUGUUUUUGAGAAGAUCCUUCUCCCAGAAAUGGCCUCUCUAAGAAUUGUAGUCCACGAGGAGAACGGUAAAUUCUUGGGACACAGGAUCAUCCCACUGGAUGCCAUCCAAUCAGGUUUCCAUCACAUCUGCCUGCGCAGUGAGAGCAACAUGCCGCUCACUCUGCCGGCUCUCUUUGUGUACAUUGAGGUCAAGGACUACAUCCCUGCUGCCUUCGCAGAUUUCACCGACGCCUUGUUUAACCCAACAAAGGGAACAGAGAAGACCGCUAAGACGACCCCUAAGGAGUCUUCCUCCAACUACGUUUCCCCCUAUGAAAUGCCUCUUGCGGCCCAGCCCCCUGCGGACAAAGCACAGGAAAAUGAGGCCCCUGCUGCAGAAAAGGAAACGCCCGAACCAACACCUGCAGUUGAGUCAAAUGACGAAUCAUCUCAGUCUACCCCUGAGACCAAGACAGAAGAGGUUGCUAAAGAAGAGGCAGAGAUCAAGUCCGAAACUCCACAAGCCGAAGCAGAACCUCUUCAAACUCCUGACAACCCUCCUGCUGAAGCUGUAGCUCCGGACGCGGGUGUCCUUCCUGAAGCUUCUCCUCCCCCUGAGGAGGAAGCCGUUCCAGAGCCAGAGGCAGCUCCUGAAUCCACAGAGGUGAACAACUCCAGUACAAACCCUGAGCCCGCUUCAGAUGAUAAACCGGCCACAGAAUCGGCCAGUGCUGCUGGAGAGCCUGCUACUGUGGCCUUGCCCUCUCCAGCAAGUGCAUUGCUCGAGUCUGCAGGAUCAGGUGACUCAUCUCUGCCGCCGACAUGCAGUGAAGAGACGUCGACUGUGACUACUGAAGAACUUACACAGCACAAGAACUAUCUGAAGGUCAUCAAGCGACAGGAGAAAGACUUGAAAGAGGCAGAAAAGAAAUAUCAGAAGAAAGGAGAUGAACUGAUUCAGAAAUACUCUGACUCCUUCAAGGCCCUCAAGAAGAAGACCUCACUGAAGAAGAACGAGGGAGAGGGAAACACCUCUGACUCCAACGUGAAGACGGAGCGCGUGCAGGAGCAGAAGGACAAAAUGCAGGUGGAUCUGCAAGCACUGUGGACGGAGCAGAGUGACCAGCUGAAGAAGAAGAAAGAGCAGUAUGCUACAGAGAGACUGUCCAAACUGUUGGAGAUGGCCACAGAGAGACACGCCAUUGAACUCAAGACCCUGGAGAGUGAUACCAAAGAGAAUAAGAAGAAAACACUCUCCAAAGACAAAUCAAAGCUGAAAAGGGCAAUGAGCACGGAGGUUUUGGAUGAGCCCAGUCAGUCUGAUUCUGCAUCUUCAGAUUUCAGCCCGCAGCAAGUGGCUCUGAUGAAGAAACAGGCGGCCACACUGGAGGAAAUCAAGACCCUGACUAACCAGCUCAAUCAGGAGGCCCUGAAGGAUCACAAUCAGAAACUGAGGUCUCUGCCUGCAGAGGUGAAGGAGGCUUUCAAUGUCUGUGUGGGGGGCCACUUCCCUGAACUGGUGGACCAGGAUGGAAACAACAAGGUGGAGGGGGUGGGCUUCUAUGGAGAUGUUUUCCUGGGUUAGAUGUGCAAUUUGAUCCCUGACCCUUCAGUGUAACCCUCUACUCACUGUUUUCUUUUUACAUCUUCUUGUAACCUGUUACAUAACCUACAGACUACAACAGUAGAAGAUUGAAAUAGCUGUGUGAAAUUUCUAUUUAGAGGUACUAAUCAUUGAGGGCUCUUUUAGUCAUUUGGCCAUAAUGAUGUUUUUGUGGUUGUCAAUGGUGGAAAAAAAUGGCUUUCUUUAUUUUUGUAGUUCUUAACCAAUGAAAAAUAACCUACAGAGACAGAUAUCUUCCAGAUGAAGGCCCAUAAAUAAAAGCAAUUAUUUUUGCUUCACAAAAUCUCCUUUGUGUUCUCUAAAUGAGUUCAAAAAUAGAACUUAAUGUAGCGAGAAAAAUGGGUUAUCAAAGUCUGCAGGCUGAAUUGAGACAAUGAAUCUGUCUGUCACGCUUCAGCACAUGGUGUGUGAUACUUCAUACAGCAACAGAUAAGCAAUCACUCUGAGAUGCUCGUGCGUUGCAGUUGUUAAACGGAUUUACAGACAAAAAGCUACAUUUACUUCUUACCUGGGACAAAAGUCCUGUCGUGGAGUCAUGACAAUGGGAAGGCAGCACCAUGACAUCAAUGAUCCCUCUGCACUAAACGUUUUAAUAUUAUUAUUUGUUGUGAUGAAUAGUUCUUAAUAAACUUAACUUUGCACUGUA